AUCAAACCAUUUCAAAACAUUGAUACUAUCGUUUGUGAGACAGAUUUUGUUCCAGCUCUAUAUUUGUUUGGUUAGUUUACGCUAAAAAAAAAACCAAAUAUUGAAAUGGUUGAACUAGAGGGCUAUGUCGUGAUUCCGCUUCGCACCUCUCCACGGGCCAAAUGUAGCCACAGUGUCUACAUGCGGGAGCACUUUAUCCGGCUGAUGGAUCCCAACAAACCCAAGGGUCGCACGCUCUUCCUGCUCAACGUUCCGCCCUACGUCACGGAGGAAAGCUUACGAACGGUUUUCGGCCGCGCAGGCAGUAUAGAGGCGGUGGAGUUCGCCGCCAAGCCGGGGAAGGAUGAGACCAUCAAGUGGUACGAGGGCACCGCCGAACCGUUCUCGAGCGCACGGCCGCCCUUCGCCUUUAAAGUGGCCUACAUAGUGUUUCAGAACAGCAGCAGCAUCGGAAAGGCCCUAGCCUUGAAAAGCAUCGACCUCUUCAGCAGCAGCGGCGAGUGCAUCAUCAAAACCGGCAUGGAGCUCUGGCACGAGGAGUAUGAGGGCAACUACCUCGUGGAGGCCAAGACGGCAAAGGUGCAGGUCAGCAAAUUCAUGGCCGGGUACGACAAGAGGGAAAGGGCUGCCGCGGAGGAAGCUAGAACCGGAGAAGCCGAUGCCGACGGAUGGGUCACCGUGGGCAAGGAAGGCCGCAACGCUGGAUUUGAGCAGAAGGCUUCGGUGAUUGGACGCUUGGAGCAGAAAGUGGCAAAGCAAACAAGCCAGUCUAAAGAACUGAAGAACUUCUACACCUUCCAGAUAAGGGAGAGCAAGAUGCAGAACAUAGUCGAGAUGCGUAAGAAGUUCGAGGAAGACAAACGAAAAAUCGAGCUUCUCAAGCAGUCACGUCGUUUUAAGCCAUUUUAGUCAGUACUUGUAGGUUAAGCAUCGAAUAAACUUCUUUUCAAAACGACAA